UCUUCUCCAGCUAUGCCUGACACAAUAGAGACCGCUCAACACUUUAUCUUUGUAACGCAGGUGUACUUUUGCUAUGCGGUUGUCUUGUGGGACUGGGUCGUCUGUCUCCCUCGCGAAUGGCAGUUUAUAUGGAGGACGUCCUGGACACCAGUCAAGGCAUCUUAUAUAUUCUGCCGUUACUGGGUUAUUGCUGUCGUUCCAUACCUUUUGUAUUGUUUCGUGAUCGACCACUCGGAGGAAACAUGCAAAAAAAUAUACAAGGCAAGCUUUAUUCCCCUUCGGCCAAUUCCGUAUGUGCCGGUCGCUCUCGCCAUGUGGAAUCAAGUGGGCGCGGAAUCUGUCCUGCUCAUUCGGACCUACGCCUUUUUUAAUCGUAACAAACUCGUGCUAUUCUUCCUCCUGUGUGCCCUUAGUGGUAUGAUUGCGUAUCAACUGUUCGUCGCCACGUCGGAAAUGCUCGUCCUUCCGUUUGUGAAGCCACCCUUUGAUCAAGGGCCAUGUCUACCAAUGUCGAAGCCUCAUUCGGCACAUCUUCUUGGUUUCUUCAUCGCCCCACUCGCAUUCGAUACCGUCAUUACGCUCAUGACCGUCUACAAAGCUUUCUAUAUUCGCCGUCAUAAUGGUGGCCCCAGCAGCAGACUCAUCCAAACGUUCUUACGGGAAGGCGUCUUCUAUUACUUUUUGAUAUCAAUCGCGAACCUGAUCAACGGCAUCUUUUAUCUACAACCUCGGCAGGUAAUCUCGGCCAUCAACAUCCCCCUCAGUGUCAUGCUCAGCCCUGUCUUAGCCUGCCGUCUAAUCCUUGACCUUCGUCAACGUGGUUCCGAGACGGUCUCCCACUCGGAAGGUACCAUCCCUGCUUUUACUUUUAAUUCCAAGAUUUUUGGAAUUCGCUUCGGCGGACCCCGCUCUGAUAGUAACAGUAACUCAAGACCAGCUCCCAUACGGUCCCACAUCCGGAGUAAGACGUCGGUCCUCAACUCUGGACUCGUGCUGAGCACCCUGGGGAGCGUUACCGGGGGCGAGGCGUCCAGUCCUGGCAGCGUCGAGCUUCACAGUCUGGAUGUCAGAAAAGCAAUGACGGAUGAGGGUACCGGGGGUCUGGGCCACCACCAUGAUGAUGACGACGAAGUGCCGGAGUAUAGAUCGGUGGACAUGAUGAAUCUGGGGAUGGGGCUGAGCGGUGCGGUCCACGGAGUUAGAAUCGACGUGGAGAAGCAGACCAGUGCUAUGUGA